GGUCUAUUGACUUUCAUGGAUGUGGCUAUAGAGUUCUCUAAGGAGGAGUGGGAAUGCCUGGAUUUUGUUCAAAGGGCUUUGUACAGAGAUGUCAUGUUGGAGAAUUAUAAUAACCUGGUUUCUGUGGGCAUUGAAUACUCUCUGAUUUAUAGCUAA